AUGGCCUGCCAUGUUCUGGUAGCUGUAGCUCAGCUUGAUGGUAGAUACGUUCACGAAGCGCAGGGCUACCAAUUGACCUACGUAGUCGCCGAUUCAGGAGUCGGGCUCGAGUUCCAUGUCCCGGGCCAGGCACCCUUCAGGGACCCGCCGGUCUACCCCCUAAAGGGAAACAAUGGAUAUACUGUCGAUUUCAAGGUCACAUUCAAGGAAGUCGAUUACUGGUACCAGAAUAUCCUCUCUCGCUUCCCGGAAGCGAAAAUUGAAGAGGGAGAUAUGACCCAACUGAUAUUUGUCCCAGGAACUCAACCCAUAAUAGCUGCUCCAUUCCAAGGCAAAUUUAUCGCCUUCGUCAGAUCAUCCGCUUAA